UCCUCGCAAACUCCUCUGCACUACUGCUUUACCCUCUCCCAGUCUCCCCUCCCCCAACUCCGGCGAUGGCCAUGGCGGCACCGGCGCGCGACGACGAGGAGCCCCAGGACGGCUACUACUCCAUCGUCUACGAGUUGCAUGCUCCGGGGGACGACGAGUGGCUGCUCCGGCACCUGUGGAGGGAGGCGCACCCGAUGGCGCAGGCAGGCGGGGAGGCCGGGGCCCCGGUUCUCGGGAGGAUGAUGGCGGCGAUGAGGAGGUGGUGGUGGCGCGCGGAUCCGCAGCUACAUCUCGGGAGGGCCCGUCUGCUUCUCCGCAGGUGGAGGGCGGGCUCCGCCUCCGCGCGCCGCCUCGCGAGGUGGAGGAGGGAGGGCGGCGUCACGCCGCGGGUGCUCCUGCAGUCUGCAGAGGUGGUGGCGGCGCGUCCAUCCACAGGUCGUGCUCAGGGGCUUGACGGCCUUGGGGGUCGCCACCAUGGUCUUGACGUUCCUCAUCCUCAAGGACAUCGAAGGCUACUUCGACUUCCUCAGCAUCCGUUACCCAUUUGCGCUGCCAUCUUUCUUCCUCCGCUACGAGCGGGUGAUGCACGACUUCGUUGUGGCGGGCGGGAUCACCGUACUCACCCCGUUCAUCUGGGGCGCCCUCGUCGCCAUCAUGGUACUCCCAUUACCGAUGGUCUGCAGCUAGAUGGCCGCCCUGUGGUGCCGGAGCCGGAGCAGCAAGUCCAUCAGCCGGAUCCGGAUGAGCCCGAGCACGUGUACCGCGUCGUCCUGCACGGCGAGGAGUUCACGUUCCUCACCAACAUUCCGAGAGCCAAGUUCUAUCUCCUGAUAGCUGCUGUUUUUGUCGUCGUUUUCUUGUUCCACCCCUUCAGCGCUGAGACCUGAGAGCGGGGCGGGCGCUUCUAACAAAGUUGGGGCUCUCUCAAAUCGGCGUCAUGUCUUUGGUUUCGGUUUCAAUCUUUAGAGUACUUCUCCUCGGCUACGGUUGUGUUACUUUGGCUAGCUGUUCGCAUGUUCUGAUACGCUAACGUUCUGGUCUUUUACUCUUUUGCAACAACCCUUGAUGGAACAUUACAUAGGAAGUAGCUGCUGGAGUAGUAUUAAGAGGCACUUAGUACCAUCUGAGAUCUGAGACCACCUUAGUUGGAACACUAUUAGGAAGUACCUGUCGUAGUUAUUACACUAUUACUCCUAGUACCAUCUGAUAACUGCGAUAUGUGACUUUACCUGUUUUGAUGCUUGUCAAAACUAGUAGUAGUACUCUAUCAUAUAUGUGCUGAGAUGAACCAUUGCACCAUAUAUGGUGCAAGCUAAACAGAACAUUGGAGUGCAGUCUGCUUUUUCUUA